GCUCCUUUCUUUUUGAGCAAGGUAGAGGGAAUAUGUCUCUUCGAAAUAUGUCUCUGUCUUCUAUAUUAUUAGAGGAUAAGGUAGAGAAACUGAAAUGUUCCGUGUGCCUGGAUAUGUUUCAGAAUCCAAAACUGCUGCCAUGCUCUCACACAUAUUGUCAGCUAUGUGUGCAGAAGCUUGUAGAUCAGUAUCCGCAGAGAACCUCUUUCUUGUGCCCGCAGUGUAAAAACAUAAUCGCCAUACCUAAAGAUGGUGCCGCUGGUUUUCCAAGCAAUCGCUACAUCCUGGACGAUCUUGAAGAACUUCGUAAAAUAAUGAAGGAGAUAUGUGGCCCGUGUCUGGAAUCUUUCAAACGACAAGUACGGGCUACCCAUAUCUGCGAAAAAUGCGACUUCAAACUGUGCAUUUCUUGUUGGGAGACCCACAUAUUUCACUUUCAAGAUCAUGUAGCAGUCCUGAUCAGCUCGGACGCAUAUGAUCUCAGAUUUCUUCCGGGUGCAUCUGGGAAUGCUACCCCGUUGUCUGAUCAGGCCGAAACUUGUUGCAAACUGCAGGUUGCAGGAGCUCGUGCUGCCCUUCCUUGCCCCAAGCACCCCGCAGAAGAUCUGCGAUUCUACUGCGAAAACUGCGGGCGACCGAUCUGUAGAGACUGCAGGAUGACAACCCACUUUGGCCAUGAUCCUGUGCUUGACCUGGCCGACGUCUCCGCUCAGGCAGUGCGGGAGCUGCGCAACGGUCGCAGCAAAGUUGCCGACUUGAUCGCCGUCGAUCAAGAUAAGAUGGCGCAGCUCAUGGAAGCCAAGAUGAAGAUCGAGGCAAGUAGCGAAGACGUCAAAACUCUUAUUAACGCCCGUGCUAACGAUCUCAUCGCUCAAGUGGAAGCUUGUCGCAGCAAUGCCUUGUUGUCUCUGGAGAGUGAAGCGAGUGUUCUGAAAGCCGAGAUUGACAGUGAACUUGACAGUGCCGAGAACAGGUUGCAGUAUCUGCAAGGAACAGAAAGCAGUGUGUGCCGAGUCAUUGAGAGCGGAUCAGACAUGGACAAGAUUGAAUUAGAAGCGAAUAUGCGUACAUUCUUAAGUGAUGAGGAAGCGGAUGAUAGAGAGAUAGGACGUGAAUUCGUACAUAAUAUUGGACUGUACCUGAUAAAAUACGAUGUUGACGUGGAGGAAAUGUUCAGUAAAGCUAUCGGUAAGGUCGUUCCGAUUAAGAACGUAAAUUAGAAGUAGCAAUUGUCAGGAUCACUGGAACUUAUUAUAGUGUUUACAUGGUGGGACGCUGAGAAGUAGCUUUUUUUUUUAAAGAUAAAAUUUGUUGCUCUGAUUACACACAUAAGCAUGCUCAGACAAACACACAGAGAGCAUAAUAAUUAUAGCUAUGCCCAGUUUUAUUUACAUAAAUUUAUUCGUAUGAAAUAAUAUAUGGAUAACACAUAUGUGACACAUUAUUUUUCACUUAAAUUCUGAUGCCUAUAGUGCGCAAGCUGCGUGAAAAUAUUGUACAGGUAUGCGAUAACCAUAUUCUCGGUAAAUAAAUAAUGUACUCUCAGCAA